AUGGAUAAACUCCGGCAUGAAAGUCCCCAUGUGGAGAGGCCAUGCUGGGUGAGGAGUUGUGUUCAAGGCCUGCUGGUGAAAGGCCUGGUGAAAGCGCAGACAGGAUGUGUGGUGCAGGACAACCCUGUAAGCCCAGCGCAGGUCAUCCACUGCUCUGCUCUCAUAGGCUCUGGGAUACCUGACUCCAGCUGCAGCAGCCUGGACUCGGAGGAACCCUUCUGCCGGAUCUGUCAUGAAGGCACGAACGCAGGAUACCUUGUACUGCCAUGUGAGUGUGCUGGGUCGCUCGCCACGGUGCACCGCGCGUGUCUGGAGCGCUGGCUCAGCGCCUCACGCACCAGCCGCUGUGAGCUCUGCCACUUCGAGCUCACGCUGGAGCACCUGCCAAAGCCACUGACUGAGUGGCUGACUGCACCGGCUAUGCAGCGCCAGAGGAGGGCGUUGUGCGGUGAUGCGCUCCGUUUCCUGAUCAUAACUCCGCUGGCCAGCCUGUCUGGAUGGCUGUGCGCGAAAGGAGCCUUGGAGCUCUACGACAGCAGCAGCGCGGAGGCUUUUGGACUCCUGGUGCUCACACUGGCCCUCUUCACCAUCUACCUCUUCUGAGUGUCCCUGCGCUACCACGUCCACCUGUACAGGGUGUGGCAGGCGAGCAACCCCAGAGUGAGGCUGCAUAUUCCCCAGCCAGGGCAGGUGCCACGCCAGUGCCCCAGCCAAGAGCAAGGACACGGUGGUGUAAGCUCUGCCUCCACCGCUGCGAGGAGGCUGCACCUCACCUUCCUGUGA